AGUUAAAUCCAAGGCAUAUAGAAAACUGAUUCCUCUCAAGAAAUUAAACUCAGGAAGACAUGGCCAAAGGAGCUCUAACGUUUAUGUGCCUCUUCAUAUUCAUGCUCAACUUCCACUCAUCCAAUGGAGAAGAACUCGAGGUUCUUUUAUCCUUCAAAUCUUCCAUCCACGACCCUCUUCACUUUCUUUCUAACUGGUUCAAUUCCUCUGCCACUAUCUGCAAGUGGCAUGGCAUCACCUGUGACAACUCCUCCCACGUUAACUCCCUGGUUCUCUCCGGAAAAAACAUCUCCGGCGAGAUAAUUUCCUCGUCCAUUUUUCAACUUCCAUACGUUACAAACCUCGACCUUUCAAACAACCAGUUAGUUGGGGAAAUCUCUCUCAACUCUUCUUCUUCUCUGUCUCCAUUUCGUUACCUCAACCUUAGCAACAACAACCUCACGGGUUCUUUGCCUCUGUCCUUGUUUUCACCGUCGUUUUCUCACCUCGAAACUCUGGACCUCUCGAACAACAUGUUUUCAGGUAAAAUACCAGACCAAGUUGGAUUGCUUUCAAGCCUAAGGUAUCUUGAUCUCGGAGGAAACGUUUUGGUGGGAAAGAUUCCAAAUUCCAUCACCAAGAUGACAACUUUACAAUACCUUACGUUGGCUUCAAACCAAUUAGUGGGUGAAAUCCCAACAGAGAUAGGCCUAAUGAAGAACUUGAAGUUGAUUUACUUGGGUUACAACAACCUUUCAGGUGAGAUACCAACAAGCAUUGGAGAGUUAUAUUCUCUGAAUCACCUUGAUCUUGUUUACAACAAUCUCACUGGACCAAUUCCUGAAACUCUUGGAAACCUCACCGAUCUUCAAUUUCUCUUUCUCUACCAAAACAAACUUACCGGUUCAAUUCCCCGGUCCAUUUAUGAACUGAAGAAGCUUAUCUCACUUGAUCUCAGCGAUAACUCUCUUUCGGGUGAGAUUUCUGAGCUUGUGGUUCAGCUCAAGAGAGUGGAGAUUCUUCACCUUUUCUCAAACAGCUUCACUGGAAAGAUUCCAAACGGUUUAGUAUCACUGCCUCGCCUUCAAGUUCUUCAGCUAUGGUCAAACAGAUUAACGGGUGAGAUUCCUCAAGAGCUAGGAAAGCAUAGCAACCUCACUGUUCUGGACCUCUCUUCCAACAACCUCACAGGGAAGAUCCCAGAUAGCUUAUGUGACUCUGGCAAUCUUUACAAGCUUAUCCUCUUCUCCAAUUCUUUAGGAGGAGAAAUCCCUAAAAGCUUAAGCUAUUGCAGAACCUUACGCCGAGUGCGUCUCCAAAACAACAAGCUUUCUGGUGAAUUAUCAUCAGAAUUCACCAAACUGCCUAACAUAUACUUCUUGGAUAUCUCUGGCAAUGAAUUUUCUGGAAGGAUAGGUGACAGAAAGUGGGAUAUGCCGGCGCUUCAAAUGCUUGGUUUGGCUAACAACAACUUUUCCGGCGAGUUACCAAACUCUUUUGGGAGUGACAAAUUGGAGGACUUGGACUUAUCGGAGAAUCAAUUUUCAGGUUAUAUUCCAACCGGUUUGGGAAGCUUAUCAGAGCUCAUGCAAUUGAAGCUAAGCAAUAACAAGCUCUUUGGGAACAUUCCAGAAGAACUCUGUUUGUGCAAGAAGCUUGUCGCUUUAGACCUCAGCCACAACCACCUUGCCGGGAAGAUUCCGGUCAAACUUGGUGACAUGCCGGUUCUCGGUUUACUUGACUUGUCCGAAAACCAAUUAUCCGGUGAAAUUCCAAAGAAUUUAGGAAGCGUGGAAUCUCUUGUUCAGGUAAACAUAUCUCACAACCAUUUUCAUGGUAGUUUACCUUCCACCGGGGCUUUCCUUGCCAUCAAUGCUAGUGCAGUCACUGGCAACAGUCUCUGUGACCGUGACGGUGAUGCUUCAAGCGGUUUGCCACCAUGCAAGAGCGAACAGAAUCACACUUGGUUGUUCAUUCUGCCAUGUUUUCUGUUGGGGUUGUUUGCGUUUGCUGCAACGGCUUUCCUCAUCUUUUUCAUUCGUCGAAGAAAGAACAUGGAGCUUCGAAGAGUAGAGAAUAAUGAAGAUGGCACAUGGGAAAUGCAGUUUUUCAACUCCAAGGCCGCGAAAUCGAUCAACAUCAAAGAUGUUUUGUCGUCAGCUAAAGAAGGAAAAGUGAUUUCCAAAGGAAGGAACUGGGUUUCAUACGAAGGAAAGUGCAUGGGGAAUAACGACAUGCAGUUCGUGGUGAAAGAAAUCGUUGACCCAAACUCUCUUCCACUGAGUUUUUGGGAAGACACGGUGAAGUUUGGGAAGCUUCAGCACCCAAACAUCAUUAACCUUAUUGGAACGUGUAGGUCUUGCAAGAGAGGGUACUUGGUGUACGAGUACGAGGAGGGAAAGAAUUUAAGCGAAAUCCUAAACAACUUGAGUUGGCAACGGCGUUGGAAAAUUGCCAUGGGGAUUGCAAAAGCACUAAAAUUCUUGCAUUCUCACUGUUCAUCAAUAGUUUUUGUUGAUGAAGUUUCUCCAGAGAUAGUUUGGAUUAACAUCAAUGGUGUCCCUCGCCUGAAGCUCAACCCUCCGGGAAUAAUGGCAUGCAUGGAUGUCAAGGGUUGCAUUUCUUCACCCUACAUUGCCCAAGAGGAAGAUGUGACAGAGAAGAGUACGCGUGAGAUAUAUGGGUUUGGAGUUAUGCUGAUUGAAUUAUUGACGGGAAGAAGCCCGAUGGACACAGAAGCAGGGAAUGGGAAUGGCAUGCACAAGAAUAUUGUGGAGUGGGCCCGCUACUGCUACUCCGACUGUCAUCUUGACACGUGGAUAGACCCUGUGAUGAAGGGUGGAGAUGCAUUGACCUAUCAGAACGACAUCCUUGAGAUAAUGAAUCUCGCCCUGCACUGUACCGCAACUGAUCCCACAGCAAGGCCAUGCGCAAGAGACGUACUCAAAGCCCUAGAGGCUGUUCACAGCAACACGCCCUCUUUUUGCUGAGUUAAUUUCAGCACUAAAAAACUCAAUUCUAGCUAUGAUUUUGCUACCUGCGAGCUUUCUCUGACCUUUGCUAUAGUUUUUUUUUUUU